UGUUUGGCUAGUAGGUACAGUACGCAGCAGUUGUCCAACUCCGCCAACACCAAGCAGACGCACACGCACCUCGAGCGUGCUAGACAGAGCUGCGGCUUCCUGUGACUGCGACUGCGAGGCCGCGACGAUGGAUCAGAGCACCGCGAAGCCAAUCAGAUGCAGAGCGGCGGUGAGCAAGGCGCCGGGGCAGCCGCUGGAGAUGGUGGAGGUGGAGGUGGCGCCGCCGCGGGCGCACGAGGUUCGCGUCAAGAUCGUCUGCACCUCCCUCUGCCACACGGACCUCACCUUCUGGCGCAUGAAGGAUUUUCCUGCCAUGUUUCCGUCCAUCCUGGGGCACGAAGCGGUCGGCGUGGUGGAGAGCGUCGGGGACCAUGUGGAGGAGGUGGCCGCGGGCGACACGGUGGUGCCGGUGUUCCUGCCGCAGUGCGGCAGGUGCGCCGACUGCCUCUCCCCCCGCAGCAACAUCUGCUCCGUGCUGGCGCACCGCCCCGGCCUCAUGCCGCGCGACGGCACCACGCGCUUCUCGCUCGCCGCCACCGGCGAGCCCGUCCACGGCUUCCUGUCCGUCUCCAGCUUCGCCGAGUACACCGUCGUCGACGUCGCGCACGUCGUCAGGCUCGGCGGCGGCGACGCCCUCCCGCCGGAGAUGGCGUGCCUGCUCAGCUGCGGCGUGUCCACCGGGGUUGGUGCGGCUUGGAAGGUGGCGGCGGUGGAGCCCGGCUCGACCGUGGCUGUCUUCGGACUGGGCACCGUAGGGCUGGCGGUAGCACAGGGGUCCAAGAUGCGUGGCGCCAAGAGGAUCAUCGGGGUCGACUUGAAUCCGGACAAGUUCGAGAUCGGAAAGAGGCUGGGGGUCACCGACUUCAUCAACCCAAAUGACACCGGGGAGAAGAAUGUCACUGAGGUGAUCAAGGAGAUGACCGGCGGGGGCGCCGACUACUCCUUCGAGUGCAUCGGCUCGACUUCAGUCAUGGCGGAAGCAUUCGAGAGCUCUCGGAUGGGCUGGGGGAAGACGAUCAUCCUGGGUACGGACGCCGGCAAGGCGCCCGUCAGCAUCUCGUCGUCCGCCAUCAAGCGGGGGCGGUCGGUCACCGGCGCGCUCCUCGGCGGGAUCAAGCCCAAGGACGACAUCCCCGUGCUGGCGCAGAAGUGCAUGGACAAGGAGCUGGAGCUGGACGAGUUCGUGACGCACCGGAUGGGCUUCGACGACAUCAACCGCGCGUUCGACCUGCUCGCGCAGGGGAACUGCCUCCGCUGCAUCAUCUGGAUGGACGGCGCCGAGCAGAAGAAGACGAGCUCGUGAUGCCUCCGCCGCGCGCCGCGCUCGCGCUCGCGCUGGCGCACGCAUGGCAUGGAUACCACGGUGCUGCCUGGUUUGUUCGUCUGCGUCGUUCGUGUCGUGUCGUGUCGUACGUGUCAUGCCUUCGCACUGCUUUUGGCCUUCCCGUCGCGUUGUCCACGAGAUGAAGUGAAUCAAGUGAUGCUCGUUCUGCUCGACACUUGUAUAACAUAAUUAAUAGUGCUGCUCA